CGGUAUUCCCCGUUUACUUGAGCGCUCGACACCCAGGGAAGGUGUUUACCAGUCUGUUACCAUCUAUGCUCUCUUACAUAAUAUGUUCGGACAGCCCACAUCGCGCAAAAGGGAGCUGUGGCCGCGACUACUUAAUCCGUUUUGUUUUGCAAGUGUAGCGACAAGGAUAUUAAGAUAGUACCGAAACAUUCUUUCAGAGUUCUUUGACAACUUCAACAAGGAGCAAGAAGAUUUAAACAGAAGUAUACUCUUUGGAACUAACAAGCCUCAACAUGAUUUUCGACAAAUUGAAAAAGCUUUACAUCGUCUUCGACUCUCCCAGAAAUCGACUCCCCUCCCGUCUUCAGCAGUGGGGACGUGGUGUCUGGAAAAGUUGUUUUGGACCUGUCAGGUGAAAGUAAAGUGCAGUCGUUGAAGUUGCACGCCGAAGGUUUUGCGAAAGUGCUUUGGACCGAGUCUCGUUCGGCUGGGUCCAGUACUGCUUAUACUCAAAACUACAGCGACGAAGUGGAAUAUCUCAACAGGAGAGAAGUUCUUCUGCAAGCAGGUUAGUUAUUCACGCUAUCGGUGAAUGAAAGCAAUGAAGUGUUCCAUGCUAUGCAACUCACUGGACAUUGGACAAAACCACUUGGGCAAAUUUUACUCAAAAUAAAAGUAUUUUCAUUGUACCUUACUGGGUUUUGAGGGGGUUUUCUCUCAUGGGAAAGUAUUUUGUUAUAACUUAUCUUAAAGUUAUUCUGUAAUUUGAAGAUUCAGGUGUUCUCAAUGGUAAUAUAGUUCGUAUAACGUUUCCAUUUGCAUCUUGUGAAGCAGCUUGGGAAAACAAUUGUGUUCAUUAAAAAUAAACCACUUGACCCUGUCAAAGGAUUUGACAGUAUUAUGUAUAUUAGAUUGAGUUUGGAUUCACUCUAAAAGUUUACUCGGUCUGAAUGCAGCCCUAAAUUAAAUAAUAUAUAGAAAACCAAAAAACAAGGGACUGCAAAUACCCAUUCAAGAGCACCUGGCAGUAUAGAGCGCAUGUGGUGGCACUCUUGUGUUUGAGGAGAAAAGGGAAAACUGCAAUUGCAGUUCAUUGUAAUGAUAAAGAAACUCAGUGAUUUCUCCUGUAUUUAUUUUACUUAGUACAUUGCUUUGAAAAGCAAAAGGCCCUCAUUCAGUAAUCAAUGUGGAUCAGAAGUUGUUUCAAAUCAUUAAUGCUUGUUUUAUUAAUUUAUCUUCAGAUAAUGGCGAGCUCACCCUCCUCCCUGCUGGAAGACAUGAAUUUCCCGUUUAGUUUCCAGUUGCCUGAAGAGUAAGUAUCCCUUUCUGGAAUGAAUGGUUCAGAAUUAGCAUACAGUGAUGCACUGUAGGCAAAUUCUGAUUUGGACCUAUGAUAUCCUCGCAUCUUAUUAAAGAACAAAUAAGGUCUAAUCAAUCAGUGUGUUUUUUUGCUUCAACAGGACACUGGUGACAUCGUUCGAAGGCAAGCAUGGCAGCGUCCGCUACUGGGUGAAAGUGAAGCUGCAUAGGCCCUGGGCUACAGUGCGGAAGAUCAAGAAGGAGUUCACAGUCAUCGAGCCCAUUGACAUCAACACACCAGCCUUAUUGGCCCCCCAAGCUGGCACUAAAGACAAGAUGGCACGGGUGUGGUACCGCAACUUGGGACAGGUGUCAAUAACCGCUAAGAUCGAUCGCAAAGGUUACACACCAGGUAAGAACCAAUCAUAUCUUUUAACCCUAGUGGUCCUGAAAACUGAACAUUAAGUCAAACUAUUUUUUAACUGAACCAAAUCUCAACUCACAACCUCUAUUCUUCAUCUUACAGGUGAGGUGAUUCCCGUAUUUGCUGAGUUUGACAAUGCCACCUCACGCUCGGUGGUGCCCAAGGCCUACAUCACACAGACGCAGACGUUCAUCGCUCGGGGCACCAUGAAGCAGAAGCAAGCGGUUGUGGCCACGCUUAGUGGCGACGUGGUGGGCGCCCAGCGCAGGGAGAUCUGGCACGGCCGCGCCAUCAAGAUCCCACCGGUCGGGCCCUCCAUCCUGCAGUGCCGCAUCAUCAAAGUGGAAUACAUGCUCAAGGUGAGUUCAAGCAAAAAACAGAAUGAAAAGCACAUCAUUCAUUAGAUUUUCCUUGUUGAGUAUACGUCUCCGAUUGAUAAUGAAAAGCUAAUUAGAGACCAGUUGGUAGUGGUUUUACCCCUACAGAUGAUUCUGUUACUGUAGUUCUAAAAGCUUUCUCCCCUCUCCAACACCUAGGUGUGUGUGGAUGUUCCUGGGACCUCUAAGCUGUGCCUGGAGCUGCCCCUGGUCAUGGGCACCAUCCCCCUGCAUCCCUUUGGUAGCCGCACCUCCAGCGUCAGCAGCCAGUACAGUGUCAACCUGGAAUGGCUCCGCAUGGCCAUCCCCGAGCAGCCUGAGCGUAAGUGUCUGUCUCAUUGUAAUACAAGAGUUAGCGGUGUUCCCCAAAGCUCAAUGCCAGGCCCCCUGAAAAUCUCCAACCUUAGGAAAAAUGGUCUACUCAUCUGUACCCUCUUUCCCUCCCCACACAGCUCCUCCUGACUACAGCUCUGUGGUGACGGAUGAGGAGGCUGAGCGGAACACUACGGCCCCCUGUCCUGAGGAGGACCUCAGUGGUAUUAUGGAGCACCCUCUCAGGGCCUUUGUCCAGGAGUUCCGCUUCCGACCCCCUCCGGUGUACUGCGAGGUGAGCUAGCACCCCUUAGAAUACUCUCGAUGACAAUAGGGCUGCAUUUCUUUGAUUAACUGAACUCUACACUUCUAUGACCCAAUGUGCCUUAUUGAAACUUAUACCUUUUGUGUUUGCGCCCGCAGGUCGACCCAAACCCUCAGCCCCUCAACAUGAGACGUCGCUGCAUGACGUGUUGAACCAUAAGCCCCACUUGAGCGUCACACGAUGACCCUAUUUUAAUUAAACAAAGCGUAGAGUUUUGUCUUCUCCUGGAUUACUCUCCGAAACUGGCGACCCGGUACUAAGAUGUGGCCUCUGUUGUUGGAAGGGACUUAGAGUACCACCGAGAGGGUGGAGGAGAUGGAGGCGACAGGAACUGCUUGUGGAUGAAGUCCUUUUUAAAAAGGAAGGGGGACAUGUUACGUUCAACAAGAAAAGGAAAUAACUUCUCCCAUGGUUCCUGUCCUUCCAAGUGAUACUGGCUCAGGAUGAGGAAACCGAGCCGCCCCGCCCGCCAAUCAAUGAACACCCACACAAUAAAUGUUUUGUGUUUUACAGAGUUUGGGGAAAUAUUGGGGGAGGAUCACUUGAUUUUUGUGAGGGGGAGAGUUGGAGUUGCAGAUGAAACCUAAGCCUCAAAGAAUGCGAUGUUAUCUUCAGUUUACAUCUGCAAAUGAACAAAUGAUCAGCUGGCUUGGUGUUAAGAGGCAUGUGUAACCAUCAUCUCUUAAUACCCAACUCCCCCUUGCCUGGUAACAUGUAGUAUGACUCAAUCAUGAUGACUAUGUCUACUGUUAGUCAAGUAAGUGUUAUUCAAGUAAGCACUUAUCUGAGACUGUUUGGUGAGGAGGAGUUGAGUCAGCAGGUUUUGACAUUUAGCCGGGUAAUACUAUGCAAAAGGGAAAACCUGAAUCUUGUAGUAUCUGAAAAUGUACUGAAAUGAUUCCAUGAGAGAUUCUGAUAAAGCAGCUGUCCUCUGUAUGAGGAUGUUCAAUGUAUUCUGAAUGUUAAUACGACAGUAAUGGAUGAAAAAACUAAACAGUUGAGUUUUUUUGCAUGUGGAAGAAAAGUGUGUGUGUUUUGAAGCUGCUGCAAGCUCAAAUGAUUAGCUUUAGAAGCGACUAUGGAGGAAAUAUCUGAGCCAUGUGGUUUGUGCAUUUGAUUCAACCCAGAUGCCUGUGCCUUGAU